UAGUAAUCAGUCAUGACUCUAUUUUUCGAUUUUCUUUUUAAUAGAUAUAUCUGUUAGAAAUGCAUAUCAAACUGAUGGACUACCAAUAAAAGCAACAAAAUGUGAUCAACUAUUUUUCAGUUCAUCCUAUAUCACAAUUCAAGAUGAUCAUAACCAACAGAUAUCGCCUAAAAGCAAUAGUUUAAAUCAACGUCAUAAGGGCAGUAAUGAAGAAUUAUUUUCUUCACGCACAAAAACAAACGGGAAAUUUUUCAGUCCAAAUUAUCCACAGUUUUAUAAAGCAUCGAUGUUGUGUAAAUAUUAUUUUUUAGCUCAUUAUAAUGAACGUAUUGUAAUCAAAUUAAAUCAUGUGCAAUUAUGGAGUUACAAAAGUUGUCAUUACACAUCACAACGUGAUACAAUUCAUUUUCAUGAAAUCACUACUUCAUUAUUUGAUUUAAAUUACUCUUCAUUUUUUCAAUUGGAAAAGAUUAUCCAAAACCCAAUUGUUUAUGAAUUAAAAAAACAAUUAUUGUUCUUAUGUGGUGAUAAAGAACAAACCGUAAUUAUCUCAGAUAAUCGAUUUAUGAUGCUGACUUUACAAACACAUGUAGACAGUGUUGGAGCUCGUGGAUUUGAAGGAGUCUAUCAAUUUUUAAGUAAAAAAACGUUAUCUUACAAUCAAGGUAAUCAUGAUGAUAAGGACAUAUAUAAACAUAUCGAUAAAGAACUAUUUCGAGAUCCAACUACUAAAGGAUUCAUGAAUACUGAAAUUGAUUCGUCAGUUAAAAAAAAGACUAUUCAACAAAUAAAACAUAUCUGGAUGAAUCCAUCGAAACUUCAAGGAACAAUAAAAUCUCCGAAUUAUCCAUCAGUUUAUCCACAGAACUGUAAACUAAUAUACAUUAUUAAUAUACCUGAAAAGAGAUUGCUUCGAUUGAAAUUCUCAGAUAUUCAGUUAGGAAGUAACAUGCCGAGUACCAAAUGUACGCAACAUGUGGGUGAUCGUAUAGAAAUCUAUGAACAGAAUUAUUUAAAUAUUACACCCAAGUUAAUUUUGUGCGGGACAUCAGUACCACAGGAACAAAUAAUAUUGAAUAAUAAAUUUGAAAUGCAACGUGUAUAUAUUUAUUUUAUUACAGAUCAUGUAACAAGUACAAAUGAGCUUGGUUUCAUAUUGUCAUAUGAAUAUUCCACUAAGAAUUAUUAUACUGAGAAUAAUGACAAAUUAUUUCUUAUUCGUAAAGAUUUAUCCGACAAGGUUGAUUAUGAUUAUGGUGUUACAGCUUCUUUUGGGAAUCAACGGAAGCCAAAUACAUGUCAAUUUACAAUUACAAGUUACGGGAAAGAAUCAAAUGGUUUUCUUCACAUACCAAGUAAUUUAAUUAGAACGAGAAAACAGUCUGAGUUAAACAACUGUAAAUGGAAACUUGAAGGUGGUUAUGGACAACGUAUACAAAUACGUUUUGUACGACGUCUAGAUAAUUCACAGCAAAUCUAUCAAUUUCAACGUUCACAAAUUACAUCAAGUGAAGUUAAUGAUAUUGUGUCAAAUUAUACGAGUGAUUUUAUUCAAUACGAUCAAGAAUUCGGGGGUUCGAUCUAUAGACAAAAACACCAACCUGAUAUGAAUGAUAUACACGAAAUUAAAUCAUCUUUUUUAAACAGUUUAAAAUGUCCCACUUCAAUGACUUUGGAAUUGAUCAAUUAUCGUGCUGACGUUUUAACUACUAACAAUGAUAUCAAUAGACUGUUAAAUAACAGGUUAAAUCCUAAUUUCGUUUCACAACAAAGUUAUUCAUCGUUAAAGUUAAAUGCAAUUUCAACUACACAAUCGACAUCAACUUUAUUCACCACAGAUCCCAUAGAAACUGUACCUUUAGAUCCUGUUCGUUUAUGCGCUGGGGAUUUUAUGACUUAUUCACCAGCAAGUAAGGGUUUCAUGUCUGGAAAUAUUCCACGUUUAGAUAUAAUUCUUAAGAUCACUCAAUCUAGAAAUGGUACCAAUGUUAAUAAUGAUAAUAAUAGUGACAAUAAUAGUAGAAACAUGAAACAAAAUUUCCAGAGUAUUCAGCAUUCAGAUUUAGGCUAUGAUGUGCAGUAUAAAUUUGUCACAGAUUAUGGUGUUACAGCUUCUUUUGGGAAUCAACGGAAGCCAAGUUGCUUCUUCGAAUUCAAUCGUUCUCAAUCAAUAACAGGGAAUUUCUCAUCACCAAAUUAUCCUGGAUUAUAUCCAAUUGAUAUCAUUUGUGAAUAUCGAUUUUCUGGGUUAAACGUAAGAAGAAUUGAUAUUACAUUCUUGGAAUUUGAUGUAGAAAGUACUUCUAAAACUUGUACAGAUGAUACGAUGGGUGAUAAUGUUGAAAUUAGUAGUUGUUAUCCAACAGAAUUAUUCAGCACACCAAAACGUCGAUUAUGUCAAAAACAAAGUCCAGUGGAUCCAUUCAAAAUUCAAUGGCGUCAACCGUGUUUAAACUUGAAAUUCUUCUCUAAUGGAAUGUAUGUGAGGACAGGAUUUUUCGGUGUUUAUGAAUUCCAUGAUUUCGGCAAGUUGUCGUUUAUAUUAUUAUUUGGUAUUUCAUUUAAUCUUAGAUAUGCUCAACGUGAAUAA